AUGGUAAAGGUUGGGAUUACACUAGGGAUCGGGGUCGACAUUGUAAAAAGGUCACGGUUUAAAAGAUUAUUGAGUAAAAACCCUGCGUUUAGCGUGCGAUUGGCACAAAGGAUACUUCAUCCUAAACACGAAGCCCAUCGAUUCAAAAACAUGAACAACGAAAGACAAGUACAAUACAUAGCUGGAUCCUGGGCCGCAAAGGAAGCGGUGUUCAAGACAUUGACUCCUAAUGAGCAAGAACAGUUCAAUUUCAAUGAAUGGUAUCGAUAUCAUGACAAUAACGGUAAACCAUUUAUUUGGAAUGAUAAUUUCAAAGUAGAGAACGACGAAUUUCAUCUCAGUGUAUCACACGACGAAGAUUACAUUGUGGCAACAGUUCUACGACAAAGACUUUUUGACAUCGAAGUUCUAUAA